GGGUCGUCCGCUUUAUGCACUACUGGUUCACGAUUGCCGGCGAAGCCUUCCUCAAGAAUAAGAUCGUCUGGACGUUCAUCGAAGACAUCUGCGAAGCCCUUCAGAAAGACAUCCAUAAGUAUAAGACCUUUGAAGACGAGUUGUUGACACUCAAGACGAUCACCGAAGCGAAGACAAUUUACGAUCUGGAGAUGGAUAUGAGAGGCGUACAGAAGUGGAAAGCGGAUAAUCCGGGAUCCGUUAGGCGUAUGUCGACUGCGCCGGAGAUGCCAAACAACGCCAAUGAGUACAGAAACAAGUGGUUAUCCAUCAAAGAGAGCGAUGAGAUUAUAUGCCGUGUCUUCUGUGCGGAUCACACCUACACCACACUUAAGAUCACUGUCGAGACGAAGGCCGACGCCAUCAAAGUACAGGCCGCUGAGAAACUCGGUAUGGAUAAAGUGAACGAAUUGGUCUUGGUCGAACUCAAAUCUAACGCCGAGCGGUUACCUUUCCGGGACACUGAGAUCAGUAUACCGACGGCGCUGACAGUGAACGGGCGUAUAUUCAUCGCACACGUGGACCACUUGGACGCGUUGACAACACUGACCGAACAGGAGGGUCCGGCCAAAGGCACCGGACAUCAGUUGGAAGAGUUCUCGUCCCAAGACUUUGCCCACCACUUGACUCUUUACGGAUGGCAACUGUUCCACAAUCUCGACGAUUACGAACUCAUAUACCACGUGUUCGGUCGACACAACUUCAAUGAGAUCACCGCCAAUCUGGACGUGUUUUUACGGCAUUUCAACGAAAUCCAGUACUGGACGGUCACCGAACUGGUCCUCGAGAAGUCACUCUCCCGUCGGGUGCAGCUCUUGAGAAAGUUGAUCAAAAUUGCCGGACAUUGUAAGGAUUACCAGAAUCUGAACGCAUUCUUUGCCAUAAUAAUGGGCUUAAGUAAUGUGGCGGUGAGUCGACUGUCCCAGACGUGGGAACGGCUGCCAAACAAAAUUAAGCGCACAUUUUCGCAGUACGAGUCGCUCAUCGAUCCGUCGAGGUUUGUCUCACCGCCCGAUCGGCGACUAAAUCACAGACGGUAUCGGAUUAUGGUGUCGAAGAUGUCGCCACCCCUCAUACCAUUCAUGCCAUUACUGCUCAAAGACAUUACAUUCGCACACGAGGGCAACAAGACUUAUGUCGAACAGGGAUUAGUUAACUUCGAGAAAAUGCAUAUGAUAGCCCAGACGUUACGUACGAUACGUGAGUGCAAAUCGGGCACAAUUAGCGCUCUGGAGGCCAACGGCGGGUCGUCGUCGGGCGCCAAACUAUCGGCCACUACCGCCACCACAACCACCACAUCCUCAUCAUCGAAGUCGGCGUUUAGCCAACAAUUGCAACAAUACAUCCAAGAGAUCAAAGUAAUCGAUAACAUGCGAAGACUGUCACAACUGUCCCAUUCGCUCGAACACAGAAAACUAUAA